AUGGCCGCUUGUCGGUCAAUUGCCCGUUCUAUCCCCGCUCUCCGCGCAGUUCCCCGCACGCCGACGGUGACCGCUAGAGCUGCAUCUUCAGCCCGAUCUAUUACCUCUGCUUCUCCCCUUUCCAUCUCCUCUCGCAGAAUAACCAUGGCCCCUUCAUCUCUUUCUGCAACUCGUCGUUUGCACGCAACAACUCAUAAAUUUGCCCCUUCAACCACCUCGGCUGUGUCAACCGCUACGGAAUACCCAACAAGCCACCAAAAGAUCACCAACCCAAUCGACACCGCCAAUUUUAUCGAUAACCAGUUUGUGGCAUCCAAGGCUACAAAAUGGAUUGACCUCCAUGACCCUGCCACCAACAACCUGGUCACCCGUGUGCCCCAGAGCACAAAUGAGGAGCUCAAGGCCGCUGUGGAGUCGGCCCAGAAAGCCUUCCCCGCUUGGCGGGCAACUAGUAUUAUGGCCCGCCAGCAAAUCCUGUUCAAGUUUACUAGCCUUAUCCGUGAACACUGGGACCGACUGGCUGCCUCUAUUACCCUGGAACAGGGUAAGACCGUCGCUGAUGCCAAGGGUGAUGUUCUCCGUGGCUUGCAAGUCGCCGAAACUGCCUGCGGCAUCACUACCCAGAUGACUGGUGAGGUACUAGAGGUGGCCAAGGACAUGGAAACAAGAAGCUACCGGGAGCCUCUGGGUGUCGUGGCUGCUAUCUGCCCCUUCAACUUCCCCGCGAUGAUUCCCCUGUGGUGCAUUCCAGUUGCCACCGCAACUGGUAACUGCCUGGUCAUGAAGCCUUCCGAGCGUGACCCUGGUGCUGCCAUGAUCCUGGCAGAGCUUGCCGCCGAGGCCGGUUUCCCACCCGGUGUUAUCAACAUCAUCCACGGCUCUGCCCCUACUGUGGACUUUAUCCUUGAUGAGCCUGCUAUUAAGGCCAUCAGCUUUGUUGGCAGCAACCGUGCUGGUGAGUACAUCUACACUCGUGGCUCUGCGAACGGCAAGCGUGUGCAGGCCAACCUGGGCGCCAAGAACCACGCUGCUGUCCUGCCAGACGCCAACAAAAACCAGUCUCUCAACGCGAUUGUUGGCGCCGCCUUUGGUGCCGCUGGCCAGCGUUGUAUGGCACUGAGCACUUGCCUCAUGGUUGCCGAGACUAAGGAGUGGCUGCCCGAGAUCGCUGAGCGGGCCAAGGCUCUGAGUGUGAACGGUGGCUUUGAGGAGGGCGCCGACCUUGGCCCUGUGAUUAGCCCCGAGAGCAAGAAGCGCAUCGAGGAUCUAAUUGCCAGUGCCGAGGAGGAGGGUGCAACCAUUCUUCUUGAUGGCCGUGGCUACAAGCCCGAGGGUUAUCCCAAUGGCAACUUCGUUGGCCCUACCAUUAUCACCAACGUCACUCCCGACAUGAAAUGCUACAAGGAGGAGAUCUUUGGACCUGUCCUUGUCUGCCUGAACGUCGAGACCCUCGAUGACGCCAUCAACACAAUCAAUGCCAAUGAAUACGGCAACGGUGCCGCCAUCUUCACUCGCUCUGGCUCAACCGCCUCCAGAUUCCAGAAAGAGUGCGAGGCUGGCCAGCUUGGCAUUAACGUGCCCAUCCCUGUCCCUCUCCCCAUGUUCUCUUUCACCGGUAACAAGAAGAGUAUUGCCGGCGGUGGUGCAAACACCUUCUACGGCAAGCCCGGAUUGCAGUUCUAUACCCAGCAGAAGACUGUGACCAGCUUGUGGAAGAGCGAGGAUGCCGUCAGCACCAAGGCUAGCGUGGUGAUGCCUACUCACUCCUAA